AUGGUUGAAAAGAGGGAGGAGGAGAUGUAUUCCAAGGGUCUUAUUCUGGUCAGCGCCAUCAGACAGAUUAAGGGACUGGGUGACAACAAGUUUGAGGUUGUCACGGGUCUUCGAACUUUCACAUUCCGGGCUGAAAAAGAAGGGGAGCGCCAGGAGUGGAUGGAAACUCUUCAGACGGCCACGCGCCCCCCCGCCAGCGGCUCCCAGAAGCGCUCCGUCAGCCUUCCCCACCUCUCCUCCACAAACAAGCGAGGAUUGCUGGAGCUCCGUGGUUACAAAGGCAGAGUGCUGGUGUCCCUGGCGGGGAGUAAAGUCAGGCUCUGCAAAACAGAACAGGACUUUCGAGCAGGGCUUGGUAUAUGUGAAGUAGAGCUUACCGCUGCUAACAUUAAAGAAGUAGACCGCCGAGGCUUUGAAGUCAACACGCCUUUCAAAAAUUUCUGCUUUGUGGCAGACUCAGAACGGGAGAAGCAGGAGUGGGUCGAGGCGAUCAAUGAAUCAAUUGCGGAGACGCUCUACGACUAUGAAGUGGCGGAGAAGAUCUGGUUCAACCAGGCCAACAGGAGUUGUGCGGACUGUGGUGCAUCCCAGCCGGAGUGGGCAUCAGUAAAUUUGGGUGUGGUCAUCUGCAAGAAGUGUGCAGGACAGCACCGCUCCCUUGGACCAAGUUUGUCAAAAGUACGGAGCUUGAAGCUGGACAGCAGCAUUUGGAGCAAUGAACUUGUAGAGCUCUUCCUGGAAGUGGGGAACAUGAAUGCUAACAGUUUCUGGGCUGCUAACCUGGUCCUAGAGGAGGAACUCCACAGUGGGGCCUCGGCCGAGCAGCGUGCCUCUUUUGUUCGGCGGAAGUACAGAGAGAGGAAGUACUGCAAGGUCCUUGAAGACUUUAAUGACCUUGAGGAGCUCAAUCAGGCGCUGUGUGCAGCUGUGGUUUCGUCUGACGUGCUGCAGACCAUGGAGUUGGUGUUCAGUGGUGCAGAUGUUAUGUGCGCCACCGGAGAUCCAAUCUACUCCACUCCUUAUCUCUUGGCUCAGCGUGCUGGACAGAAGGUUCAGAUGGAAUUCCUGCAUCAGAACAAACUAUCUGAUUUCCCAAGACUGGGUCAGUGGUCAGAGAAGUCUUCUUUCCCUGAUGUGUCCCUCUUCAUGGAUGGCUUUCUGUAUGUCUCCUCUGGCCCUUCUAAGACAAUGCCGGAUCGACGUGGACGAGACGAAAUGGCAUGCCGCUGGUGUACAUUGGAGGGCGGCUUCCUGAGUUAUUAUGAGAAGGAGCGGAGCCCCUCUGCCAUCGGAAGAUUAGAUGUCACCGAAGUGGUCAGCUUGGCUGUCAGUAACUCAGAAACUAUGACUGGAGCGGGGGCUGUGUUUACCAUUGAGCUAUACCUGCGAACAGAGCGAGCCUUGACUGUUGGAGCCGAGACGCAGGAUACACAGCACGACUGGAUCCUGGCGCUGACAAAGUGCAUUGUUCCAUCCAAGGUUGAGGGAUUGGUGCGGAAAGACAGUGAACUAAUUGGAAGACUCCAAUACAAAGAAGGUCACGACCUCUAUCACUGGAGGAUGGGCUGGUUCAUGCUAGAGGGCUCCACACUGCACUUCAGCUCUGGAGAAGAGGAGGCAGAUGAGGAAGUCCUUCGUCUCAAACAACUGCAAGAGCUUACUGUCUCUACACAUACUGAGGGUGAGGACAGGAUCCAAGUACUUCUGCUGGUGGAAAGUGGAAGAACGCUUUACAUCCACGGCUUCAACAGGAUGGACUUUGCUCUGUGGCACUCAACAAUCACGAUGGCUGCAGGCACAGAUGGAAGGGCACUUGGUGGCCAGCAACUGACCAAAAAUGGCGUCCCUAUUAUAGUUGACAGCUGCAUUGCUUUUGUCACUCAGUACGGUUUGUGCCAGAAGGGGGUCUACCAGACUCCUGGGGACCCUGCCCGUGUGUCCCUUCUUCUGGAGGAGUUCACUCGUGAUGCACGCAAUGUGAAGCUGAGGAAGAAGGAACAUAAGCUAGAAGAUGUAACGGAUACCCUGAAGAGCUUCUUAUCCCACACAGAGGAUGCACUUCUGACCAAGGAGCUCUAUCCAUACUGGGUGUCAGCUUUGGACGAAAAGGAGGAAAAGCAGAGGGUGAAGAAAUAUUCAACUUUCAUAGAGAGUUUGCCAAAAGUCUACAGGUCGACCCUUAAUGCCUUGCUGCAGCAUCUGUACAGGAUUCAGCAGUCCUCCCACCUCAACGAAAUGCCAAGUGAAAAACUGGCCGCUGUCUUCUCCUGCUGCCUCUUCCAGACUCAAGGACAGACUUCCCAGGAAAUAAACGUGAUCCGUGACCUAAUCAGUAACUAUGUUACGCUUUUUAGUGUCAAUGAAGAGCAGGUGCAACAGAUGGAGACAGAGAAUAGCUUCAUCAUCCGCUGGAAUGAAAAAAAGGACACAGCGUUCUGUCCAGCGGGGGAUUUGAUCUUCGAGGUGUACCUUGAAAGGCGAGAGCCAGAGCAAUGCUGUUUAAUAAAGCUUUCUCCAAGUAUGUGGUCUUCAGAACUUGCAGAAGCUGCGCUGAGUAUGAGAAAUUGCACAUUUAAGGCAGAAGACAUGUGGACCACCUUUGAAGUUAUCGAAAAUGGAGAACUAGAGCGACCGCUGCACCACAAAGAAAAUAUUCUUGAACAAGUGUUGGAGUGGAGUGCCUUGGACUGCCCAAGUUCAGCUUUUCUUGUUUUAAAGAAAUUUGCAGGGGCCAAAAGAAUGGCCGGAGGAAAAGACUCAAGGCAGUUUCUAAAAAGUGACUAUCUUAAGUUCAGCGAUGGAUCCACCAAACUGCUGUCGGGUCACAAAUUUCAGGACAAGUACGUUGUGCUUCAUUCAGAGAAGCUGCUUCUUUACAGAGAUAUCAAAAACACUAAACCUGAAAAGGAGAUUCAGUUGAAGAUGGCAAAAUGUUACCUUGGCCUGAAGAAAAAGCUCAAACCUCCGACCAACUGGGGCUUCACGGUUUACACAGAUAAGCAUCAGUGGCACUUCUGUUGUGACAGGAGGGAGACGCAGAUCAGCUGGGUUGCAGACAUCAUCGCUCUGAAGCAUGGGUCUGACCUUCAGCUGAAGACCAGCGCAUCCAAAGAAACCGCAGAUCUCAAAGUGUCCAAAGGAGGUUCUGCUGUAACAGAAAGGAGCAUGGUUCCACCAUACAAGCACAGUUUCAGCUCAGAGAUGACUGAUAGGAGGGUUUCCCUUGGUGAUACUGACUGGAGGACAGCCAAAAACCCCGGUGUUCACCUAAAAACCCAAAGCAUACCCAAAUAUUUAAAACCCGGCAACCCAUCCGAGACCAGAGAGGUGUCCCAACGUAGAACCUCCAUGGACAUUUGCCUACCUCAACCACUGCCACCUCCAUCCAUCCCAAGACACAUGAAACCCAUGACAUUGCCUGUUUUACCUCAAGCCAGCAAUAAGAUGCCCAGCAAAAAACCUACGGGUGUCGGGGGAAGUAUGCCCCCUAAUCUGCUCAAUGAACUGAACCUGGUCCUCACCAAAACUGGUCGCAAGAGCCCAGAGUGACAAAAAUGAAAACAAAAACAAGUUUUUUGUUUGUUUUUUUAGUUUAAAAUUAAAUCUUACAGUGUCUGAUAGGAUAGAUGAAAGAAACAUAAGUGAAAGAAUAUACAGCAUAGAAAGAGCCAUGCUGUUAUUUAUAGAGAACUGCUUUUUAACUCUGAUAUUAAAUGAGAAGAUGAUGGACAAGGGAUGAAGAUAACAGGUGUGGGAACCAGUAGAGGUCAUGGAAGAUUUCAGCUGGACAAGGCACUGACUUUAGCACUACACAGCGGGAGUUAUACGCUGAUCUUUAAAACAGAGAAUUAUCUAGAAAAACAUGUCAGGCUACCGAUCAAAAAGUGGGAAUUGAUUCAAAUCUUACAUCAUGCUUGUAAUUUAUCAUCUGGAAUCUUGUUUUAACUGUAUAAUAAUAAUAGCAUUACAAAGUA